AUGACGUGGUUUAGAGCAGGGUCUCGUGUGGCAAAGCUUGCCAUUAGGAGAACUCUAUCAAACAGUGGAUCAUAUGAGGCGAGGAGGCGGCUCCUUCCGUGGCAAAAUCGACACUUUCACACCACAUUAUGUAAAUCAAAGGCUCCAGUUCCUUGCCCUGUGUCUCUCUCUAGGAUAACUGAUAGUGUUCUGGAUGGAACCAGCAGUGUUUAUUUGGAGGGGCUUCAGAGGGCUUGGGAAGCCGACCCCAACAGCGUCGAUGAGUCGUGGGACAAUUUCUUCAGGAAUUUCGUGGGUCAUCAGGCCUCUACCUCGCCUGGAGUUUCAGGCCAAACCAUUCAAGAGAGUAUGCGUUUGUUGUUGCUUGUGAAGGCAUACCAGGUUAAUGGUCACAUGAAAGCUAAAUUGGACCCUUUGGGUUUGGAAGAGAGGGCAAUCCCAGAUGACUUGGACCCUUAUUUAUAUGGGUUCUCUGAGGCUGAUCUUGAUAGGGAGUUCUUCUUAGGGGUGUGGAGGAUGGCUGGGUUUUUAGCCGAGAACCGUCCCGUGCAGACCCUUCGGUCCAUCCUGACCCGGCUUGAGCAGGCUUACUGUGGGACUAUUGGGUAUGAGUAUAUGCACAUUGCCGAUCGUAAUAGAUGUAACUGGUUGAGAGACAAGAUUGAGACUCCAACACCAAUGCAGUACAAUAACAAGCGUCGUGAGGUUAUUCUUGAUAGGCUUAUUUGGAGUACACAAUUUGAGAACUUCUUGGCCACUAAGUGGACAGCAGCAAAGAGGUUUGGGCUUGAAGGUGGAGAAACUCUGAUUCCAGGCAUGAAAGAGAUGUUUGAUAGGGCAGCAGAUCUCGGGGUUGAGAGCAUAGUUAUUGGAAUGUCUCACAGAGGAAGACUGAAUGUAUUGGGUAAUGUGGUUAGGAAGCCUAUGCGGCAGAUAUUUAGUGAAUUCAGUGGUGGUACAAAGCCUGUGGAAGAAGUUGGAGGACUAUACACAGGGACUGGUGAUGUCAAGUAUCACUUGGGAACCUCUUAUGAUCGACCCACGAGAGGCAGGAAGAGAAUUCAUUUAUCUUUGCUUGCUAAUCCAAGUCACUUGGAAGCUGUGGACCCUGUUGUUGUUGGGAAAACUAGAGCGAAGCAGUAUUGUUCGAGUGAUGCGGACAGGACGAAGAAUAUGGCUGUGUUGAUUCAUGGAGAUGGUAGCUUUGCUGGACAAGGUGUUGUCUUCGAGACUCUGCAUCUAAGUGCUCUUCCUAAUUACACCACUGGUGGGACUAUACACAUUGUGGUGAACAACCAAGUUGCCUUCACAACUGAUCCAAUGUCUGGAAGAUCUUCACAGUAUUGUACUGAUGUUGCCAAAGCAUUGAGUUCUCCUAUUUUCCAUGUAAAUGCUGAUGACAUGGAGGCAGUCGUUCAUGUCUGUGAGCUUGCAGCUGAAUGGCGCCAGACUUUCCAUUCUGAUGUUGUUGUUGAUUUGGUGUGCUAUCGUCGAUUUGGGCAUAAUGAGCUGGAUGAGCCAUCUUUCACGCAGCCCAAAAUGUACAAGGUUAUCCGGAAUCAUCCCUCAGCUCUAACAAUCUACCAGAACAAACUUCUAGAAUCUGGACAAGUGACCAAAGAGGACAUUGAAAGGAUACAGAACAAGGUUAAUUCAAUUCUCAAUGAAGAAUUCGUGGCUAGCAAGGAUUAUGUUCCCCAAAAAAGGGACUGGCUUUCGUCUCAUUGGUCUGGAUUUAAGUCACCUGAACAGAUUUCCCGUAUCCUGAAUACUGGGGUAAAACCAGAGAUUUUGAAGUGUGUUGGCAAAGCAGUCACAGCCCUCCCAGAAACUUUUAAGCCUCACAGAGCAGUAAAGAAGAAUUAUGAACAACGCGCACAAAUGAUUGAGACUGGUGAAGGAAUUGAUUGGGCAGUUGCUGAAGCACUUGCAUUUGCUACACUACUAGUAGAAGGUAACCAUGUUCGAUUGAGCGGUCAGGAUGUUGAAAGAGGCACAUUUACUCAUCGGCAUUCUGUACUUCACGACCAGGAAACUGGGGAAAAGUAUUGCCCUCUUGACCAUAUUAUGGAAAACCAAGAUGAGGAAAUGUUUACAGUUAGCAACAGCUCACUGUCUGAGUUUGGUGUUCUUGGAUUUGAAUUGGGCUACUCGAUGGAGAGUCCAAAUGCAUUGGUAAUCUGGGAAGCUCAAUUUGGUGAUUUUGCCAAUGGAGCUCAAGUUAUAUUUGAUCAGUUUUUGAGUAGUGGGGAGUCCAAAUGGCUUCGUCAAACUGGGCUUGUUUUGCUGCUUCCUCAUGGUUACCUUGGCCAGGGCCCUGAACAUUCUAGUGCACGACUGGAGCGAUUUCUUCAGAUGAGUGAUGAUAAUCCUGUUGCCAUACCUGAGAUGGAUCCCACACAUCGGAAGCAAAUUCAAGAAUGCAAUUGGCAGGUUGUUAAUGUGACAACUCCUGCCAACUACUUCCAUGUUCUGCGUCGUCAGUUGCACAGGGAAUUCCGUAAGCCUCUUAUUGUGAUGGCGCCUAAAAACCUGCUACGGCACAAGGAGUGCAAAUCAAAUUUAUCCGAAUUUGAUGAUGUGCAAGGCCAACCAGGUUUUGACAAGCAGGGGACCAGAUUUAAGCGCCUCAUCAAGGACCAGAAUGACCACUCUGAUCUGGAGGAGGGUAUUAGACGUCUAGUUCUUUGCUCUGGGAAGCUUUAUUAUGAGCUUGACGAAGAGCGAAGAAAUGUUGAAGCAAAGGAUGUUGCAAUUUGUAGAGUGGAACAGCUUUGCCCCUUCCCAUAUGACCUUAUCCAGCGAGAGCUGAAGCGAUAUCCAAAUGCUGAGAUAGUUUGGUGCCAGGAAGAGCCAAUGAACAUGGGUGCAUACAGCUAUAUUGCACCCCGCCUUUGCGCUGCCAUGAAGUCUCUCAGCAGAGGAACAAUCGACGACAUCAAAUAUGUUGGCCGUGCUCCAUCAGCUUCCACAGCCACCGGUUUCCCUCAGGUUCAUGAGAAGGAACAAAGCGAGAUUUUGCACAACGCUGUGCAGCCAGAGCCAAUUGAGUAUCUCACAUCAUCUGAAGCCCGUGCAUAUCUAUCCAAAACCAAGCAAUGA